AUGGGAAGCAUAAACAACAAAAGAAUCUUCACUCCUUACCACCACAGUCCAUGCACCCGAACGCACCAGAUCGGCGCUCUCCUCCUAGUAACCGCCACUUUCAUUCUCACCAGACUCUUCGACCAAACACUUUCUCCCUGCAACUACUCCUCAUUACUCAAUCAUGACCGUUCAUCGCCAGAAAACCUCCUACGCAUAUCCCACAGCGGAGGAUCGCUCUCCUGGCCUCAGAGAGGCUACGGCUCCCAACUCUCCCUCAAGAUCUACAUCUACGACGAGAACGAGAUCGAUGGCUUAAAAUCUUUGUUGUAUGGUCGUGAUGGAACCAUCUCUGCUGAUUCUUGCGUUAAAGGCCAGUGGGGCACUCAGGUUAAAAUACAUAGGCUGCUUCUACAAUCAAGAUUUCGAACGAGAAAGAAAGAGGAAGCGGAUUUAUUCUUCGUACCUGCAUAUGUAAAAUGUGUUAGGAUGAUGGGAGGUCUUAAUGAUAAGGAGAUUAACCAAACCUAUGUCAAGGUCUUAAGUCAAAUGCCAUAUUUUAGGCGUUCAGGUGGCCGUGACCACAUAUUCGUCUUCCCAAGUGGUGCUGGAGCUCACUUAUUUAGAUCUUGGGCAAGAUACAUAAAUCGCUCCAUAAUUCUUACUCCUGAGGGGGAUCGAACUGAUAAGAGAGACACAAGUGCCUUUAAUACAUGGAAAGAUAUCAUCAUUCCUGGAAAUGUUGAUGAUGGGAUGACGAAACAUGGGCCUACCUUAGUCCAGCCUUUGCCUCUAUCAAAACGGAAGUAUUUGGCUAAUUAUUUAGGUCGUGCACAAGGGAAGGCUGGCCGUCUUCGGUUGAUUGAGCUUGCAAAUCAAUAUCCAGAUAAGUUGGAAUCGCCAGAUUUAAAGUUCAAAGGCUCAGAAAAACUGGGAAGGAUGGACUAUUUUCAACACCUGCGCAAUGCCAAGUUCUGUCUUGCUCCACGUGGGGAGUCAUCAUGGACACUUCGGUUUUACGAGUCAUUUUUUGUGGAGUGUGUCCCAGUUAUUUUAUCGGAUGAAGCAGAAUUUCCUUUUCAGAAUGUCAUUGACUACACCCAGAUAUCAAUCAAAUUGCCAUCUACUCAUAUUGGUCCCCAACUUUUGGAUUAUCUAGCUUCUAUACCAGAUGAAGACAUUGAGUGGAUGAUAGCCCAUGGUAGACAAAUAAGGUGCUUAUGGGUCUAUGCUCCAGAAUCAGAACCAUGUUCUGCAAUGCAAGGAAUAUUGUGGGAACUACAGAGGAAAGUGAGGCAAUUUCACCUGUCAGCUGAGACAUUCUGGCUGCAUAAUGGAUCUAUUGUGAAUAGAGACUUGGUUGAAUUCACCAACUGGAAACUUCCUUUGCCAUUGCCUUGAACGUGAUUUGGAUCGUCACACGUAACUGUAUUUUUUCUGAGCACAUCCCUGCAGUUCCAUUAAAUCUCAAGCUUUCCGAAUACUGGGCUAAAACUAUUUAGCUUCCUGUGGUGCCACUAAUUCUUUUAAUGUUGUAGAUUAUUUUCUCUUGGUAGACUAAUAAUCAUAUUCUUCUUUUCUUAUAAUUUUUACAAAUUUAAUCUUGUAUAGACAGCUUAAGCCUUAAAGUUCUUGUAUACUCUGUAAAAGAAAUGGUUAAUGGUACUAUAGCUACUGAUUAUAAUUUGGCUAUAUAUUUCAUUCAAGUCUCCACGUCACCAAACGGUUAAUGGUGUUCAUAGAUUUUCUAGUU